GUGGCACCUCCCGAUGUCGCAGCUUCCGCCUGCGCCGGUCGCGGACUCCGCCGUGGCUGCCCUUGGUCGUCGGGUUGUGGUGGGCACUCGGGCCGGGUCGGGCUGCAGUCAUGGUGAAUUUCCUUCAGCUUGUACGUGACCAUUGGGUUCAUAUAUUGGUCCCUUCAGGAUUUUUACUUGGAUGUUAUCUAGACAAAAGGAAUGACGAAAAGCUAAGUGCCUUCCGGAACAAGAGUAUGUUAUAUGGAAGGGAAUUGAGGCCUAAUGAAGAAGUCACUUGGAAGUAAAGACUGGCUUAUCACAGAAUGUUCACAUUUCUAAAAAUGGGAGAAAUAAAAGCAUUUAUUUAAUUUGAAGAAUGUGAA